UAUACUAUUUAUAUCUUACAGGAGUCUGACCUGGUACCAAAUUACUCUUCGUUUUGGUUCUGUUACAGAAAAAAUGCCUUUACAAGCUCCUGAAGGGAUGUCAGGCAGGAAGCGAAGACCUAACUGGACAGACCAGGAGAGUCUCCUUCUUGCCCAAUUAAUGCAGGAGAAGAAAGACAUAAUCAGAGGAAAGUGCAGCACUGGAGUAUCAGUUCAAGAUAAAAGACAAGCCUGGGAGGAGAUAGUCCAAGCCAUCAAUACCGCCUUUCCACAGAUUCAACGUACAGUUUCUGACUGUAACAAAAAGUGGGAAAAUCUGCUGGCAAAAGCAAAGGAGGAGAUCAAACGACAGAAAAGGCAAGCAUGUAAAGGUGAAGGUCUGUCCCUUGAACAUUUCAGCAAUGUGACCCAGAUAGUGAUUUCUGUGAUGAACCUCUCAGACAUGCUGCAGCGGGACAGAAAUGACUCUUCUGUUUCAGAGGUGGUGGAAAACAGCUGUGAUAAUGAUGGAAAUAAUGAGACAGUAGAUGAAAUAUUUACAAACGAACAUCCUCUGACAGAUUAUGAGCUUUCUAUGCCUCAUAAUCCACCCACAUCCCCAGCAGAACAAAAAAUGUCUGCUUUUCCUAAUGUCGCUACAUCAGUCCCAGUACAGUUACGCGUUCCUCGUGCUGCUGCGUUUAUGGUCUCCGGAGAACACUUGGACACUCCCUGCUCGACCUCCUGCUCAGCGCAAUCCACAACUUUGCAAGAGCGACUGGAUCUGGAAAUGUCUGUGCUGAGAAGACAACAGUCAGUCCUCAAGCUGCAGGAGGAAUAUUACACACUAAAAAUCAAGCUGAUGAAAAAGCAGAUGGAAAAGCCACCUUAAUAGGACUGAAGUAGUGAGAGGAUGACCUGUUGCAUUUGUGUGACUUAUGCCUCUCUGUGAAAUGUGACCAAUGUGAUUUGUCUGCUUUACAACUGAAAUCACAUUUAAUGGGGUUGAAAACUCAUUGUUUUCUGCUAUUGAGAAGCACUGAUCGGGUUUGUUAUGUCACACAAAUUUUGUUCACAGUGCCACUGCUGUCCUCUACAUUUUAAUAAAUUUCAAUCUUCAUAUGACCUGGUCAAUUGGGGACAUUUAUUUUUUCUUAAAGAAAAAAAAACUCCUAAAAGCAACUAAUAGUUAAAAGGAUGACAAACAUAUACUGUAUGGAUCUACUGGGUUGUCAAAUCUUUGUGCACUGUGCAACAAAUCAUCUUAUUUAGGGUGUAAAAUUGGUUUCUGCAUUUUUCUGACCAUGAUAUUUGUUAUGUGUGAAUUUCAAAGAAUUCAUCACAUUGCCUCAUUACUGCUUUAAAAUCUUAGACUGAAAGACAAAAAAAUAGCGCUUAGUGAUUACUGAUUAGAUUUUGUCAUUAGCUUAUAUCAUAGUUAUUGACAUACAGUAUGAUUUAGACAUCCAUGUUAUUCUUCACCUUCCAUUACUGUAUUAUAUGUUCAGUGACACAGAUUGAAUGCAGUCACAACCUUGGUGAAUGAAAAUUCAAACCAAAUUAAUUUUGCUGAACUGCUAAUUCAUAACUUUUAGGUGGAACUUUGGGCAGUGUAAAUGUUUGCCAUGCACCAUUAUACUGUACCUAUGUAAGUAAAGCUAAAAUAAUGUCCUGUCUAGACAAAUGUAGUAAUUUGUGCAUAAUAUUUCUCAUAAAUCUGUUUAUUUAUGAGUGGCUGGGGUUGGCACCCAGAUGUAAGCAGCAAG